GAGAGAGAGAGAGGCCGUUAUGAUUUGAUUCGAUGAGUGUGUGAGUGUGAUUUCAUUUGCGAAGCUUCUGAUUCGUUUUUUUCCUCUCACUAAUGAUCGUCUGUUAGAUUAGUAAUCAUACACAUAUUUUCAACUCUGUUUAUAUGAUUCCAUACAUCGACAUCGUAAAUUUCACCAAUUUCUUAUCUUCAGAUUGUUGUUGAUAUCAUCGAUCGACUGACUUCAUACAGAAAGGUGGAUAGUGGAUACUGUGAAUUCUCAACUCCAAUGCGACCAACAACAGGUGGUAAUCUUGAUGAUGCUUUCUUAAAGAGAUCAUUAAAAACAAAGAGGUUGAGAAGAUUAAGUUCAGUGGGUGUACUUGGUGAAACAAAAAAGUUCUCUAAUCUUUCUCAUACAAUUAAGUAUGCAUCUACCCCGCGAAAGCUACGAUCAGCAUUGGAAAAACGACUACAUGAGUCUCGAAAAACCUUUGUGCCCACAUCACCGGAUUCAAGAAAAGAGAGAGAUAGAUUCGAGUGGCGAUUAAAAGAUUGCACAAAGAAGCACAUAACCGCUAUGGAUGAACACAAAGACUCGAAACUGUGUUUAAUAACAAAAGAUGAAGAAGAAGCAGCCCAAGCUUUAUUUGCGUUGGCUCAAACAUAUACCGAGACCUGUAUGAAUAAAACUUCAGAUAUGGAACCGUCAUCAAUCAUGGUACCACUAAAUCAAACUGAAGAGACUGAUGUGAAGAAUGUGUUAGAAAAGAGAUGUUUGGUUCAUGUUUACAUAUGUCAUUUUAUAAAGGUUGUGCAGACGGCCGAGAGUGAAGGAGGUCAUGUGAAUGUAAUAUCGGACACCAAGAGUGUUUGUAGUCACUAAAAAGGUUUUAAAGGGAAAUUAUUGCUUGUAUACAACAUUUCAUUUACAAAAUCGAAGGUAGAUAAGUCAUGAAAACAUUGAAAGGAAUUGACUUUUGAUA